GAAAGAAUAAUAAAAAAAUUAUUUUGAAGUUAAUGAGCAGGUGUUAGUAAUUGUGCGAAAUCAUGGCGAAAGAGCCCUAUCAGUUUGAUGAUAUAGAUGGAUUUUGGGCAAUUAUUCUUAGCAUAGAGUGGAGGGACCCCUGGCUUAUUGGCUUAAUAUUUUUCCACGUUUUCAUAACAUUGACUGCUUUGCUGACGAGAAAUUACAGCAAUUUUCAGGUGGUUCUAUUUCUCGUCUUGCUGCUGCUGGUCUACUUCUCGGAGAGCAUCAAUGAAAUUGCCGCCAACAACUGGAACGUGUUCUCGAACCAGCAGUACUUCGACAGCAAGGGGAUGUUCAUCUCGCUGGUGUUCGCCGUGCCGAUUCUCCUCAACUGCAUGGUCAUGGUGGCCAACUGGCUGUGGCAGUCGAGCCAGCUGAUGACGCGUCUCAGGUUGGCGCAACUGAGGCAGGCGCAGUCCCGCCAACAGCAGAAGCAACAGCAGCAGCGUGCCGACACGCUCGCGGCCCGUCCGAAGCUCGACUGAGUCCGAGGCGAAGGCUCUCGGAGAACCCGCGGGGUCGCGCGGAGGCUAGUCAGUCGUUGACGGUGGUUUGCCAUGCCCGAGGUUCCGUGUGUUCGUCUUGGCGAACCGGCGUCCUCUCAUGUUUUUUUUUUCUUCCUCUCACGUGCCUGGCCGUGCGGCAAACAUAUAUUUUCUCUCCGCCACUUAGUUUCUCUCCGAGCACCUCCCGGCCUGGGCCAAACAGUUUGCAGAGCUCCGGGUGUUAUCGCUAGGGACCGGAAAAAUUUGCGGGUUCAAUGACCUCUAGGAUGAUCUUCAUAGUUCUACAUACACUCCGUCAAAUGUCACCCUCCCAUUGGCUGCUGUCUUGUGAAGGUGUCCCAAUGUAGCGGCCUGUGCUUUGGUUGAGUGUUCCUCACUGGCCCAGAGUCAUCUGGGUGAGUUGUGAGCCAAUAGCAGAGGCAGCACUGAGGUAUAACUAUAUGAAUUUUAGGCUGUCGUGAAAUGAAUCCGCUGAUUUUUCCAGUCUGUAGUUAUCGCGCAGUUUGCAAACCUCUCAACAGUUCAUGAAAGAGUCUGAUUACGAAUAGCAUUUAAGGGGCUCGUCUAGUCGGUAGCUGAUAAGCGCGACGCUCGCUAGUGCUUCUAGCGCUGUGUCGCCUCUAAGCGCGAGGCUGUGAACUGGCGUGCAGUCUUCUCGUCGUCACAGGACAACUGCGAAAUUUGAGCGGUGACCGUAAAAUUAUAUGGCAUAGAAAUGAAGGUAAAGUUGCUUUCAAGAAUAUGCACCAGUUGUUUUACGCCUAAAAAUUACUCUGAAAACACACCUUUUCGCCAUUUUAACUCUUCUGAAAAUACAGUUAAAAAAACAAUCAGGAAAAAAAAAAAAAAGAACAUUUCGGCCCUCAGCGAUAUCGGAUAUCUUGGCGGUUUCGAAAUAGCGUUGUUUUUCCUGAAGCUCUGAGCACAUUGUGUGUGUCCGGGCAGACAGCCCUUAAGAGCCAUUUCAGUUGUCUGCACAAGUUUCGUUUCAAGUUUGAAUGCUUAAUUUUUUUUUUAUUUUUUUUUAUUUAUUUAUUUAGAGACUGGUAAUAAUGCUGUUCCCACUAUGGCUGUGGGUGUGAAGAAUUCUAAACAUGGUAUUUAUUGCAAGUGUUAUAGGGAAGUGCUGAAAGGUUCAUCUUUAAUAUUCAAUCAUAAAAUAGUAACGUCAGUGCUUAAAGUCUCAUAUGGAGGCGAUGUUACCGACGAGAAAGCAGCACUUCAAACCCAGUGUCUGGCGCGUAGAGGGUGUGAGACGUGAGGUGCGAUGGCCAGUGUUGUACCUAGCACCUCUACGCUUCUAAAAGCUCGUGCGCCCGGUCAGGUGUACCCCUUAAGUUGUUCACCGGGCAUAGUCUGCUAAUUAAGGUGCAGGUGUGUGACUCCUUUUAGUUUCUCUAUCCCGGCUGUAACGUUGUAACACAUGCAACCGUUCAACUGUUCUUGCCUGUCUGUGGAGACGAUCGUAGUGCAGUUGUGUUAAUAAUUGUUAGUACUUUUAGAGUGUAAUUCGUAGAGUUUUUUUUUCCAGUGUCAGUAUUUAGCAGCGCCUCUGUUUAUGAUAAAUAGUUUUAAACUUGGUUUGGCUGGGAAUAUGAAAUGUGGUAAAAUGGUGCACUAAUGUUUUCUCCCGUAGGUGCAUCCUUGCUGGCAUUUGAUAUUGGUACAGUUUUAGAUGAACUAAACUUCUUCACAUUUCGUUUUCCGGAUGUAUUGCAUUUUGAAGUUGUUUUUUAAUACAUUUGUUUAAUGCAUGAUUUUAGGCUGUAUUACCGUAUUGUCCUGAAUAUGAGUCAGAAAUUUCGCCCUAAAUUUUUUAAAGAAAAAUGCAUACCCGACUUGUAUGCCGACAUUUCAGAAAUUGCAAGACAAAAAUUUGCAUAAUUUUAAACAUGUUGUAAUGUACAAAUUGAUGAGUUGCAAAUUGUAAAAUAUUUUGUAUAUAAACUAUGUUUUAAUAUGUAUAUCAUGUAACUAGCAAGUUCCCAAGAAGUGCAUUAAGUUUUUUUUUUUUUUUUUUUUUUAUGUUUUCAAAUUAUCUAAUUUUUUUUGUCCUAUAUAUUAAACUGAAUAUGCAAGCUGACCAUAUUCGGGACAGUAUGUAUUUUACAGUAUUGCUCAUAUUAAUAAGAUGGUACAAGCUUUUGCAAAUUUUAUUUACAAAUAUGAUUUAAUAUGAUUAAUUUUGUGUGUAUAAUAUUUGCAUCUUUUAUUCGAGAUAUAUAGACCCAAAGUACUUGAUGAUUUUUGUGUGAAUUUAUUAGUGUUUGUUAAGUACAAAAUUGUAUGUAUCACUUAAUAAUUAUUGAUAGGCUAGAUCAUGUGUUCAAAAAAUCCCAUUUUAUUUUUGUUUGUGUUCAACUUCAUAGUCACUCUAUUUUUUUUUUGUAUAUGAGAUUAAGUUACCAGUGUCCAUGUAUGGAGUUAAAAGUUUUACUGAAUGUACUUAAAUGCUAGAAAAGAUUUUAAUUGAAAAAAAUAAAUAAAUUUGAAAAGUUAUCAUUGAUGAAUUAAGUUCAAUUAAAAAAUAUUUUUUUAUGUUAUCUUGUAUUUUGUUUAAUAUUGGCAAUAGUACCAAAGCUAGAAAUUAUUUUCUUCCUAGGAAUAUUUUGUGUCAAAAAUCAAACCAUCAUCAUAUUUUUGUAAUCAUAAAUUUGGAAUCUGCUUUCUAUGUGUAUGGUUAAAUUUGUAUACAUAGUGUGCAAGUUUCGUGAUGUGAGUAGUAUAUCUUAUUAGUAGGGACAAGAUAUUAUGGUUUUAUUUUAUAGUGAAAUUUCAUUUUUAAAACAUUAGAUUUCGGCAUUUUUAUUUUUAUAAGUGCUUUUUAUAAUACAUACUCCACCAGAAUAGUGGUGGUAUUUUUGUGAUACAUUUUUUAUGAUAAAAUAGUUUGUAAUAAAUUGGUCUAUAACAGAUGCAUUCAAAACAAUAAAAAUUAAUUUGUGAUUUAAAAGUUUUGUAAAAGGAGCUGCAUAGUGAAACAAAUUUAAUUCAUUUUUUUUUUGGAUCUAUGAAAUUAAAAAAAAAACAUUAAAAGAUUACUUUUUUGUGAUUUGAAUUAAGUUUUUGUUAAAUUUUGUUUAAUUCCAUGAUAUAACCUGCACUUUGGUGUUAUCGUGGUGUGUUGGCAUGCUUUUCUGUGUUUCAGUUUUAUCGCAAUUCGCCGUUAUAAUCUUGUCUCUAUUGAUCAGUUUAUGCAUGUAACCCUUUGAUGUCCAUAGAGUUGUGAUGUGAAAUUUGACUUAAACUGCUGGUUCCUAACAGUAUCGUGAAUGUUUCUCCCGUGCUGCAAGAAGUGGAACCGGAUCAAUGUUUAUAUCUGUUCUUUUGAGUUUUAGGUGUUCUGAAAAUAAGACUGAUAAACGUGAUAACACAUUUUCAAAUCAUUGAGUGGAGCAUUAUUAAAGUAAGUACUGCUGUCUGUAAUCAUAAACGUUUUUUCAAAUACUAAACGUAUUUACUAUUUAGUUUUUUUUUUUGUGCCUUAAAAAUUGUUACAGUAGGUUGUGAAAAAGAAAUGAAAAAAAAAAAAUUGACAGUAUAUAGUACCAUGGUACUACUGCAUUCUCAUUUACUGGAAAAUUGCAUUGAUUUGAUUUUCCUGGGACCAGAAAUUUAUUUGUUCAAUAAACAGAAAAAUUCUUCUAUUAUUUUUGUGUCUGUUUAUAUUUAGUGUUAUGAUAUGUUAUUUAAUUCAUUCAAAAACAAUUUAACACUAAAUGGUGCUUAUCUCAUUAUGACAGGUUUUCUCACACAUAUUGGAAGAAAAAUUUAUAUGAUUCUCGUACAAAAGGCAAGGGUUAAAUUUAUAUAUUGAGAGUUAAAAAAUAUAUAUAUAUAUUUUUGUUUAAUUGAAAAUUUCAGACACAUUAACUACCUACAUUAAAUUGAAAAAGGGUUAAAAAUUUUGGAAAACAAAAAGACUCCUGUAAAGAGUGCAUUUAUGCUACAAUACAAGGAAUAAAAAAAUAUAUUCGCGUGCUAUGAGCAAAUUUUGCGAGAGAAGAAAUAUUUUUGAUCCUUCAGACAACUUUGUUAGAUUUUACGAAGCCUUCUACAUUAAAAUAACGUCGGUUUACAUUUUUACAAUUCAUAAUACAUAAUAUAAUUUGAUGUAAUAUCUUAAGAUUUUAUUACACAUUUUUUUUUCUAAAUUAUUGUUCUAUAUACUAUUAUAAUUUAUUACCUGAAUUAUUGUUUUCUUUAGUUCCUGAUCCUAACUAAAGAUAAAUUGUAUGUAUGUAUUUAUAUACCAAAUUGUACCCUGACUUACGCAAAUUUGACUUACACGGUUAUCGCUUGGUCCCACCUAUUGUGUAAGUUCAGGGUAUUACUGUAUUACAUUUCCAACUAAAAAAAUCUUUUGAAAGCUUAUGUUGGAAUGAAAAUAGCGGGACAGACCCAACAUGAAAUAUGUUAUGUGACAGUAAAAAUUUACUUUAUUGUGAACAAGCCAUUUUUAACUGUGGGACAAACAGAAACAAACAUUUAAGUAUAAUACAUUUUUUUGACGUGACGUCUAAUAAAUCGAUGAACGCCGGCUGCACGCACGAAAAAGUGUCCCACUACGGAUGUUCCUGUUUGCUCAUUGUACGCAUGCGUGGCAUCUCUCUUCCACUCGAUUGGAACGACCAUCGAUUUUACUUUUCAAUCAUAUUUUCGUCGUUUGAAUUAUUAAUAUUAUGUAAUUUAAUGAUCGUCCACCGAUUUUCAGCACAAUCGGUACGGUUAUUUAUAAGUAAUGUUGAAUUAUCAAAUACGUUUUUAACCAACAAUGGUGUUUUACAGUUACACAUAAUAAUUCAAAUUACAACCGGGAUCUUUUGCACAAUGUUUUAAAAAAUAUUGUAACACUUUAUAAAUAAGUUUGGUGUAUUAGGGAUGCGUAUUUGUUAUAAAAUCUAGUUAUUAAAACGAAAUAAUAUUAUUCCCCUACCGUGAACAAAAUUUUUAUAAAUGUAUAUAUAACCUCUGAAACUAUCAAUUAUCAAAUAUGGCCUCGUGGCUGAGCGGUCAGCGGGGCUGUUUUUUAAUUGUAAGGUUGUCGGUUCGAAUCCCGGCAGGUGCAAAAUUUUUUUUUUUGAAAUUGUAAAAAUAAAUACGGCGCACGUAACAUUUCAAAAGUAAUAAAUAUAUUUGAAUAAUAAAUGCUAAUAAAAGUAAAUUUAUUAAUUAAAUUGUACAUUUCAUUUCACUCCUUUGUAUCCAUACAAAAUAGUGAUAAUUCAAUAAAAAUGAUUCAAUUUUAUUCAUAAAAGUAUGCAGAGGUAGAUUUUAUCAUACAAAAGAUAGAAAAAUUAAAAAAAAAAUCUUCCUCAAAGAAUAUAAUAUUUUAAUGCCUAAAUGGUUUGGUUGUCAAAAACCUAUUACGGCUCAGUCUCAGGCCGAAUAUGAUAUUUCCUUUUCUUCUGGAUCAAUCAUUUCAUCAAUGUUUUGUUAUGACGUCACGUUAAACUAUCGUCCGUAAACCGACUUUACAAACAACCAAUUUUUUUUUUUAGUUACAUUUAUACUAUAUUAUAUACAACCACCAUCACUGUUUACAUGUUUCUUAGAUUUGAUGUGUUUACAAAAAAAUUUGUUUAGUACUAAUUUAAUAUUUAUUUUUUAGAAAACCAUUUAAUGUUAACAUACAUAUAUUAAUUGUUCCCAAACCAAAUAGAUUAAAAUAAACCUUUAAAAUAUACGAGCGUCCACGAAAAAGCCUUGCACCCUUAAUAUUUACACCAUACCAUAAAAUAUAUGUUUUUUAGAAUAAACCUAACUUUUAAAAAACAGAACUUGGGACCAUAUUUCAAGUAGGUACUUAGUAAAUUUUAUUCUGGACCUACGUAUGUAAUUACAGUAGAACCUCAUUUUUACGUACCCGCGAUAUACGAAUUCCCGCGGUUAACAUAUUUUUUUACAUGCACUGUCAAUUUCCCUAUACUAAUAAUGCAUUCUUUUCCCGCCUUGUGCAAAUGCAUUUCCCACUGUUUACAUAGAAUUAGUGCUGUAUUUCGUGGCGAACCAUCGGAAAAUUUAGAGAAAACAAUAAAUUCUCAAAAUGAAUAGCGUGAAGUUUAAUUAUUAAGCAUUACUGCAUGAGUGUAUGGUCACCACAGCUUCGUUUGCCAUUGUAAACAACUUCCUUUUUUUUUGUGCCACGUUGUAUUGUACACCAUACGGCCAUAAACCAAACGUAUGGUGACAUAAACAUGAAAAUUAAUGUUCUUUUCUUAGCGUUCCCCUUUAAUCUUAAAUGUAUUAUGCAUGAAAAUAAAGGUGAAAACUCACAUUUUAAAUAAUACACAAAAGAGUGGAUUACUGUUCCAUUAUUAAAAUACGUUUUAAGCAACGUACAAGUUUCCUAUAAAUAUGGCAUCUUCGGCGAUGUUCAUUUUAAACAUUAGAAACAUUCUGAAAAGUCAAAUGGCUGCAAUGAAUAUCCAAACAAUGCAAUGGCAAUUUAACUUCUAUUCCUCAAUGUAAACAAUUAUAUUGAUGGUGGUAGCUAUCGUUUUAUAGUAUUAUUUCUCAAAAAAUCUGAAGAAAAAAAAACUUUAACACGUAAUUAAAUACAAAGUUCAAAAAUCAAUUGUGUUACAAAAUUUCAGCACCAAGUGGCUAUAUCAAGAUGCUUCAACAUUCUCAUCUCUUACACAGCAAAUUUCAUGUUUAACUUUCGGCAAUAAUGAAGAACGGUGAUAUUGGAUAUAUUUAUAAUUUUAAUCAUGUGAGAUAGUGAAGUUCUAGUUAAUAUAUAAAAACGUAACCGUCUCUGACAUAAUAUUUAGUGUGGUGUAUAUUUUCUAGGGAUGGGAUUUUCGAAUCUUGGAUUCGUUGAAUAUACCGAAUCCUAUGGAUUCGAGGAUUCGUAGGAUCCGAGGUGGGAUUCGAGGUUGGAUUCGAGGUGGGUUUUUAAGAGUUUUAGGUAGUAAUAAAAAAUUGUAGUGCUGGGCGAAGUUCGAAAAUUUCGAACCGAUUCGAACCCUUACGUUCGGUUCGUUUCGGUUCGAAACCUCUUUAAAUAUAUUCGAAAAACCAAACGUUCGUUUAAAAAAAAUUAAGUACGUUUUUCUAAUUUUCUAACCCCCAUUUGAGACCAUUCACAAAACAGCACAACAAAAUUCCAUUACUUGUAAUAUUACGACUUUUAUCGCAUAAUCGUCGCCUCAACAGUUUCAAGCGCAGACAAAAUAAAAACAAAAAUUAUUAAUCGUCGCAUAACUCGCAUAGCAUUUUUUCAUAUAGGCGUGCUUUGUUUUUUGUUUACUUUAGAGAAUUUUGUAUGCAUUUCUCGUACUACGUAAUAUAAACUAUCGUACAAAUGCCAAAGGUAUUGUAUAUUAUACCUUUAACUAUAGUGCGUGUACGAGAAGUGUUGUAAAAUCACCAAAGAUUGCGUACCCCAUACGUUAAACUAAAGCGCAUGUACGAGAAUUUUCGUAUUUCGGCAAAACUAACGUGAUUAAGUUAACACAAGACAAAUGCGGUAGGAAAUGAUUACACAAAUUACGUAUUUUAAAUUACUGGGAUGUAUUUAUUUUCUUUGGCCAUUUUGGUUAUAACAGUCAGGUACUGAAAAUAUUAAUUUAAUCUUGUGUAUUAAAAGUACUGGUACAGUAAAUUUUACAGUACGGUACUAAGUUGACUAGCAUAGUCACGGCAGCCAUCAUUAUUUCUCGUGUUUUCUUUUUUCCGACGGAAAUUUCUAUAACCACACUUCUUACAUUACGUUUACAAUAUUAUUGUUCUUGAGGUGAUUUGCGAUGAGCAGGCUAACGUCGUUUAAGUUUUCCAAAUGGAGAAAAGAUAAUGACGACCCAGAUGACCCAGAACCACCCCAAAAAAUGUCAAGUUUCUUCUGACGAGCAGCAUUCUUCCAAGAAAACAGCAACUGCAGUCAGCGGGUUUUGUAAUGCAGAUAGGUAACUUAAUUCACAUUCGACUUGUUUUUUAAUGUCCUAUUAAAAAGUUUUACUUAUUAAAAAUGUUUCGUUAUGUCUACCACAAAAAUAUGUUAUGUGGCCUUAUGCUGAAUGUUCGUCAUCUUUAUAAUAUUAUAUUUUUUUUAAUGUAGGUUAGUGUACACUGAGAAAGGAAGAUAGUCUUUUUGAAAUUUAGAUGGAACUUCUUCAUGAAUUAAAAGUUGGUAUGGUAAAUAUGUAGAGUCGCGGUAUAUGCGAAAAAAAAAUGCUAAAAAUUCGAAAAUACUUUUAUUCUAUGCUCUUUCACUUUCUCUUUUCAAUAAACGCGGCGGAAAUAAGAAAUUCUUAAUACUUUAGGAGAUAUCGAAUUUUUAUUUUCCAUCACAAUACCGACCAUUGUUGCUUGUUUACGUUUAUGAUUUUUUUAUUUUCGCGACGUAGGUAGAACGACUACAUCAUUUUCUACUAAUGGCAAAGGAAUUGUACCCGCCUCUAACGUAGGUGAAUUUUUAACGUUUCAAAUUUUAAUGUUUUAUUUGUUGCGCAAGUAAUAAGUAAAAAACAAAAAUUACGUGAGUUCCUACCGUUCAUCCUUUGUCCCGGUUUGUUAGGUCAGGUCGGUCAGCUACAUUAUAAAUACUUUAAAACUAAACAACCAUUAAAAUUAAUUUAUAUUAUUUUUAAUGUCUGCUUAGUUUGAAAGUAUUAAUAAUGUAACACCUGACCUAAUCGACCAUUUUAAUUAAUUAGGCAUUCACGAACGGUAAAUCAAGAUGCACAUAAAGUUCUGCAAUUCCCGAUUACACCCGAACAAUUUACCUUCGGCCAACCUCGGGUUUAUUUAUUAAUAUUUAUAUUUCUCUAUUUUAAUGUAGCUAUACUAACCUAACUAACCCUUCAUAGUGUUUUAAAGUGUUUUAAUGUAGCUAACCUAACAUAACAUAACUAUAAUAAAAUUAUUUUCAGAUUUUAAUAGAUACUCCUAAACAAGCAACAAUGUAGUCGUUCAGCUACGUCGCGAGAAAAAAAAAUCAUACUCGUCUCGUAAACAAGAAACAAUGGUGGCCGCCUGAAUUCACAGGUAUUGUGAUGAAAAUUUAAAAAUUCGAUAUCUCCUAAAGUAUUUGGAAUUUCUUAUCUCCGUCGGUUUUAAUGAAAAGAGGAAGUGAAAGAGCAUAUAAUAAAAGUAAUUUCAGAUUUUUAGAAUUUUUUUUUUCGCAAAUACCGCUACUCUACAUGUUCAAAAUUAAAAAAUUCCAUAUCUCCUAAAGUAUUUUGAAUUUCUUAUCUCCGCCGGUUGAUUUGAAAAGAGGAAGUGAAAGAGCAUAGAAUAAAAGUAUUUUCGGAUUUUUAGCAUUUUUUUUCGCAUAUACCGUUACCCUACAUAUUUACCGUUGGUAUAUAUAUAAGCUAAGCUAUAUAAUGUUUUAAUUUUACAUAUGGCUGGAGAACCUUUCUUUCUCACCACUCAAUUAAAGACCAAAAUGCUGGUCAUCGGUUCAUUUAAUUCAAAACAAUUAUUUCUGUAUGAAAUUCGGUUCGGCUCGUUUCGAAACCAGAGAACUGAGGUUCGUCCAGCUCUAGAAAAUUGUAUACCUAAACUAUAUUAUAAAGGUAACGGAAAUAGCACGAACAUAAGAUAAACUACGCUGCAUUUUGUCAAUUAGCAUAACUACUCAAUCAUUUCCAGCCUUCAAUAAUAUAAUAUUGCAGAAAAAAACGUUACUUUUUUAAAAUGGUGUCUGUUAUACAAACGUAUUUUAUUGAAAACAUAGGAAGGAUUAAUUUAACAGAAUUAGACCGAUGCAAACUUACGUGUGUGGUUUUUGAGGUUAUUUGCCUCUAUUUUAUAUCAGUUGUAUACACUAUGUACUUAUUUUAUAAUUUUAAAAAUACACAUGUGAUUUUUUUUUAAUACAUAGGCCUAUGUAAUUUUUUAAAAUAAAUGUGUGAUUUUUUUUUUAAUAACAUGUGGUGAAGUUUAGUGUGGGACUGGGGUUCGAGAUUCAAUGACAAACACUGAGGAUUCGAACAAGGAUUCGGAUUCGACCAAAAUGUGGAUUCGUCCCAUCCCUAAUAUUUUCUUAUCAUUUCCCAUAUAGUGAGAUGAUAAAAAAAAUUUGAACAUUUCCCUCAUUUUGCAUUUUCCCGGUUUUUACAUAUUUUUUCCUUGGUCCCUUGAAAUAUGUAAAAAUGAGGUUCUACUGUAUACAAAAUUAUAAAUUGCCUUUAGGGUUUUCUGUAAACAUAAUCAGAAUUCUCAGUACCGGUUUUGACGUGUGCCAUUUAUUUUAUUCAUCACUUAAUUCUUGCCACAAGAGAACUAUUAAUUUAUCAAUAUUUAAUGUAAAUACACAUCUCUAAAAAUAUUGGGCAUUAAAUAAUUUUUUUAAGAAUUAACUGUUGAUGAUAACAUAUUUACCGUGAUGCACUGGAAAAAGCGUCAGAAAUGUAAAAUGGCUGCUCAUUGCAUCUGUUUAGUUUACUGCGGUGAAGUCCCAUUAACAUCUCUGCCAGGAAUUACCAAAAUCAAUUAUAUGUUACACAGAUCGUUACCUAUAUUCAUUAGUGUUGGACUGAUUCAUAAAAUGCACCGAUUACGAUUCCAUUUUCGAUUCUUUAAUUAAAAGUUUGAUUCUUCAAAUCCCAUUUUGAUUCCUUAAGAAAUUUUUAUGAUGACGUUCAGUAGAAUAAUAUACUCGGAAAAAAGGAUUUUUAUGUUUUCAAAAUUUUAAUUUCAUUACGUUUCAUUUUCUGUGCACAAAUUAACAUUAAUAUUAUAGUACAUCUUAUAUCAUUUUCAAAAGCAUGUUCAUUACUCUGAAUUACUGGUACUUUGAAUUUUUAGCACAAAUUUGGCUUUUAAACCUUGCAUACAGUUAGACGAAGCAUGUGUUCAAACAAUGCCAGCAGUCAAAGAUGUCUGAAGACACAAAUUAGAAAUCAUGAUAUAACUUACAAACUUUACAUUAUCACAUCAAUUGUAAAGGCGAAAAAAAAAGCUUGUAUGGUUAGGUUAAAAAUUUUAUUUUCUAUCUUAACUAAAUACUAAUCCAAAAUAUCUACGUGUUUUAAAAAUUAUAAAUUAAAAGUCCAAUUUCUGUAUGUUUUCUUACAUUGUGUAGAAAAUGUAUUUUGCGGGCUUACAAAAACAUAAAACAUUGAUAGAAUUGGUCAGGGUCGAUUACAAAACCAUUGUAUUCUGAAUCCUUCGAUUCUAGUGGAAUCUAUGCAACCGACCGAUUUCGGUACCGGAAUCGACUCAUCACUAAAAUACAUUAGAUUGGGAAAUUACUGAAGCAAACAUCACCAUAACUCAAAAACAAAUUUAAUUUUUUUUCUUCAGUCACAUAUUAUGUGGCUUUUCACGAUGACAUACAAACUUUCUUCCCGUAGUACGAUUUCCCAUUUCCUUAUCAUUUUUAAUCAUUUUAGGUGAUUUCAGCAACCGCAGAUGAUUGCAACCGCAAACUUCCGGUAAUCAUUACAAUGGUGUUCUUACAUAGAAAAGCACUUUCAAACCACAAUCAAGUGUCCACCGUCCAUUACAAAACAACUUAACUAACCGUGGAAAUUAUUGGAACUUUGUAAUGCAGCGUUACCUAGUUUUGUUUAAGCCUUUCACAUGUUUUAUGAAUAAAUUAUGUGUGGGUUAUUUGUGGUAAAUAUAGUUACGUAUUAUUUUAUUUUACCAAUACACUGGUUUUACUAUCAUUUGAAAACAACAUUCUCGUGCUAAUUUCAGUAACUUCCCAUCUGUGAUGCAAUGGAAAUACUUUCUAUUCAGGAAGUACCCCAAACUUUUUGAUUGUGAAUUUAUGUAAAAGACUUUAUGGUAUAUGGAUUAUAAAUCACAAUUCAAGUACAUAGCACUUGAAAAUUAUUUAAAUUAUUAAAUUUAUUCCAGAUUUACUAGACCCUUUCUGGUGUUAUUUUCCUCAGUAAAGUUAUUUACAUGCUCUCUUUUGAAACACCAAGCUGCAGUUAGAAAACAAAUUGCUUUUACGACUGCAAGAAUCCCUGGACCAAAGUGGCAUUUAUUGCAUUGGCAUCACAGAUGUGUGAAAUGUAAUUGUCAGGAAAUUAUUUUACUAGUGGAGACAAGAUUUUAUGAUUUUAUUUUUAGGCCAAUUUUGUUUAUAAAAGAGGAGAUAUUGGUGUUAUUUUUUAUUUUUGUGAACUAUGUUCAUUAGUAAAGAGAGCACAUUUUUCAACAAAUGUGACACUUAAAUGUUAAAUGACCACUAACUUCACCAAAACAGUGUCAUUUUGACUGAUAAAUGAUGCACAUUUACAAUAUAAUAAUUUGUAAUAAGCACGUCUGACUACUGGGAGCAAUAAAAAUAAAUCUGUAAUUAAUUGUUUGUUUGAAAAAUGUACCAAAGUCAUCGUAAAAUGAAAAUUAAGUUAUUAAUAACAGUUGCAGUAUCAAUGAAAGUCAAUUUUUUUUUUUUCCCAAUCUAGUUAGUGAAUACAUUUUAGUACUAACUCCAUGCUAAAUAAUUUACAUUCAUUGAAUUUCAUAUAUUUAAAGAUAUAAUCUAUGUAAUCUGAAUUGAGUUUAGGUUAAAUAUGCUGAUUAAUUUAAUGAUUUUUGGUUGCAUUUCAGUGCUUUACGGUGUAAUAACAUGCACGUCUGUGCUAUAUGGUGCAUCAACAUGCUUUUCAGUGUUAUUUCGGCUUUAUCGCAAUUUACCAUAUAGUCUUGUCCUUGUUUAUUAGUGUCGCGUUCAUCCAGUAGCGUAGCCAGGAUUUGUGUUAAGAAGCAUGUUCCCCCCCCCUAUUAAAGCGGGGGUCCUCCCCCGGAAAAAUUUGGAUUUUGAGGUGUAAAAUAGUGCUAUUUGAGCAGUUUUCGGUACUUAACUUUAAAUAUUGUAAUGGUAAAAAUAUUAUUAAUUUUUUAAUAAAAAAAUUGCUUGAGUGAUGAAGUAAGAAAUUAAUUAAAGAUAUUUUAAUCAAUCCAAGUGCCUUGUCCACAUCACUCAAAAUCAUAAAUCAUGCUCGAAGCUCGACAAUACAAAAAAAAAUAAAAAUGGUUGGGUUUCGGCAGAACUGGCCUAUUCCUGGAAACAAUUAGCUUUAUCUUGAAGAGUUACCCAGUCAACACCUGCUUAUAAUUACCGCGCUGGUUAAAUACAGUAGGUGUUAAGAUAUUUGAAAACUUGGGACCCGUCACGGCGUCACAACCUUAUAGCUUCUGCUCGUGACAGGGGUGGAGGAAGGGAAGGAGAAUCGGUAGGGCUCGCUUACUCUUCCCCUCCAGUGCAGCGGCCGGUGAUAGCAGUAAGACACCCAGGCUUUUAGCUAACCUGCUUUCAGAUAAGAAAAAAAAUGUUGGCUAAGGGGGGGAGGGGUUAGAACCUCUAACCUCCCCCCCCCCCCCCCCCGGCUACGCCCCUGCAUUCAUCAUGCGCUCAUCGGGAUGUUGUGAUUCUAGCAUUACACUAAGAGUAUGAUAAUGAGUUAAAUUUUGGUUUUAUAUUAUUCAAAUAAAUUGAGUUGCAAAUCAACAAGAUUUUACUAUUGGUUUCCCAACAUUUCAUCGUGCACAUUUCCAUCUGAACUUAAAUGUCUUUACAAAGUACAGGAAUAGGGGUACUUUUUUGUUUUUGUGUUAAUCCUCGAGAUACUUUUUUUUUUGUAAUAUUAAAGUUCUUUGUACUGGAUUAUGCAUGAAACAACUCUUUUUAAGCUUCCUUUUUUUUAAAAAAAAAAUAGUCUAACGAACUAUUAGGUGCUAUAGGCUAAAUCGAUUUGCAGACAAGGAUUUUAAAAACAAAUACACCUUAUCCCUAGCUUCACGUCUGCAUUUCCUCUUGGACCCCAUAACAGUACCAGCUGUCUCCCUUUUUCUUCUGAAGUGGGAGAAAAUAAAUAAAACUAUAAACAAGGCCCAGUGUUUAAGAAAAUUUGUAAUUAAACUAAACUAUUGUUCAAAAUAGUUGAUUUUUGGUAAAUUAUAUUUUUCCUUUUUUUUUUUAUUGUUUAUAAUGGUAUGGCUAGAUGGUCUGUCCACCUUUUUCUGUUUCAUGCUGAAUACGCCCGUGGACAGUAUGUUACGUUAAUGGUAUUCACUUCCCAUCAACUCCAGGAAUUAUAUUUUUCAAGGUAUUCUCCUAACGUAGAAUUCGAGAUGAGGUCAUGGAUUGUUAGUUUUUUAUUCGUGUGGCCACACACCUCCCCCCCCCCCUCCCUCCCCGCCCAUUUGCAAUUUUAUCAGCUUUUUCCAACCUUAUUAAAGGCUCUUCAAUUUGGCACGCCCAGGACAACCGCCGUGACAGUCAGUCUACUCUGCCGGAUUAUCGUACACCAGUAUAGUUUUAAAAGGAGAUACCAAAGAAAAAUGAAUGGACUGCACAAUGUUAUCCAAAACAAGUUGUGUUCAGCUCGUCUUAAGUCAAGAAAGAAUACACAUGAGCGUUAGACUCUGAUAUCACUAGGGACACCUGUAUUUCGCUAAUACAUUUCGUGUCAAAGUAUUUCACAAAAUACUGUAGCUUUUCUCAUGUGGUUUUAUUGGCUGAGGUCGGUGAGAGAUGUUGUCCCGCUCUUGACGGGGCCAACGAGAAUGUGGUCACCGUACUGCUGCACCCUCACAAUUUACCAUGAGCCCAUGACUCUUAGAAAAAGCUACAGUGUUUUGUGAAAUACCUUGACAUGAAAUGAAAUCGCGAAAUACAGAUGUCCCUAGAUAUCACAUUGCGUCUCUGAAAAAAAAAAAAAAAAUUGUGUGCGAGUCUUUCAGUAAUUGCCAGAGAUGUGUAACAUCUAACCUCGGUAAGGAGCAAGUUAAUGUGUUCUAAUGUUGCAAAUACACUUAUAAUAUGAAACUCAAGCACAAAAUUUAAUAUAGAAUUGUUUAAAAUAAUGCAGAGCAUGAUUAAUAUAUGCAAAUUGUGUUUUCGACUACAUUUCAUGUGACUCGCACAGUUUCCGGACCCGCCGCUAAAAUUCGCUGUCGGAGAAGCUACUUCAAUUACUGAAUCACUUCACUGGCAUAUCAAAAUUUUAAACUAAAAGCAAAAAAUGCCUGAAAAUCUUUUUUUGUCAUUACGGUGAAGUUUCACUGCGUAACAUUAUUUGUAAAGCAUUUUGAAAGUUUUAUUUGUGAGAACAAAUUUAAAACCAUUGCCGCACUCUGUAAAGGUAGCUUUAAAAACAUAUUUAUGAAUUUUUUGAGGUAUGUACGUGAUAUGGUUUAUUUAUGUGCAUUUUCACAUUUUUUGUUUGUUUUUUAUAAAUUAUAACCCUUAAUUUAAAAAAAAAUUAUUAUGCUUCAAUAUUAAUAAACUUGUAAUUUUUUUUUUACUAGGCACAAUUCAGAAUUUUUCAUUUUAAUGUGAACAUCUUUGUUAAAUUUACAAUUUUUUUUUUCAUUGAUAUUCAUAGUUUUACAUUUACGAGUUAUACGUGAAAAAAUAUUUUUGAUUGUACCACAUUUCAAAUAAUUCCAUGAUUGUGUGGUUGUAAAUAACUAUUAUCUGUACUGUUUUAUAGUGUAAUGUUAAAGUGAAUGUUACAUGGAUGUGUGUACUGAAAUAAUAAUGCAGAAAAUGUAUUUUAAUAAAGGCUUUUCAGUGUAAA